AGCCCUCCCUCCCGCCUCCGGGCGGUAGGGCUGAGCUCUGCGUCUCCUCGGUUCGUCUCCGUGGCGGCCUUCACCUUCCUCUCUUUCUUAGCGGCGGGGCUGGCGGCGCAGCCGAGGCCUGCCUGCGGUGGGAGGAAAUGGAGGUGACGGCGGCAGGGCCGAGCGAUGAUGGUAGCGGCAGCAGCAGGGACUGAGCGGGGGUGGGGAAGCGCCGCCGUUACUGCUGCCGCCCGCAGCCGGGCGGAGGGGGAUGCAGCACGAGCAGCUGGGGCCGCCGGAGCGGGCCCGCCGCGCAGCCGCGUGAAGUGGGUCCUUGGCGGGAGCAGCGCUGGAGGGCCGGGUCCUAAAUCUGUUUUGAACUGUUUGCCUGCCUGCAGAGGUCUUUGACUUACCUCAAAGAUAUUUUGCUUCUGUCAGAUACAGUGAGAACCCUUCCUGGAAACAUUUGAUGUGCUGGAAGGGAAAAGCUUACCUGGAAAAAUGAUCAGCAUUUCUAGCAGCAGAACUGGUGUUGCAGGAAGCAACAACUUUAUAUGGCUCAAGUCUGACAACAUGCACCACCAGUGGCUGCUGCUAGCUGCAUGCUUUUGGGUGAUAUUCAUGUUCAUGGUUGCUAGCAAGUUUAUCACAUUGACUUUUAAAGACCCGGAUGGCUAUGGUGCCAAGCAAGAGCCAUUGAUACUGACAGCUGUGACAAAAGUGGAGGAGGUACAUGUGCCAGAGGAAAAACAUUGGCCUGAAGGUUUUCAGCCAACUGGAAAAGCUUUUUCUGGAAGUCUGAUCCGCCAGCCCCUGGUUCAUAUGGAAAGACUUGAGCUUCUCAGGAAUGUCUGCAGAGACACUGCACUGAAAAAUCUCUCUCACACUUCAGUCUCCAAAUUCGUCUUGGACCGCAUAUUUGUGUGUGACAAGCACAAGAUCCUGUUUUGCCAGACUCCAAAAGUGGGCAACACUCAGUGGAAAAAAGUCUUGAUUGUUUUAAAUGGAGCAUUUUCUUCCAUAGAAGAGAUCCCAGAAAAUAUCGUACAUGAUCAUGAGAAGAAUGGCCUUCCACGCUUGUCCUCCUUCACUGACUCUGAGAUUAAAAAACGACUGAAUUUAUACUUCAAGUUUUUUAUUGUUAGAGACCCAUUUGAAAGACUUAUUUCUGCAUUCAAAGACAAGUUCGUGCACAAUCCUCGGUUUGAACCUUGGUACCGGCAUGAAAUUGCUCCCGGCAUCAUUCGUAAAUACCGAAAGAAUCGCACAGAGACCAAAGGGCUGCAGUUCGAAGACUUUGUGCGCUACCUGGGUGACCCUAAUCACCGGUGGCUGGACGUUCAGUUUGGCGACCACAUCAUUCAUUGGGUGACGUACGUGGAACUCUGCGCCCCCUGCGAAAUCACCUACAGCGUGAUUGGACAUCAUGAAACCCUGGAGGAUGAUGCUCCAUUUAUCUUGAAAGCGGCCGGCAUAGACCACCUGGUGUCGUACCCCACGAUCCCGCCAGGCAUUACGGUGUACAACAGAACAAAAGUGGAGUGGUAUUUUUCAGGGAUCAGCAAGAGAGACAUAAGGCGCCUCUACGCGCGGUUCGAGGGCGAUUUUAAACUCUUUGGUUAUCGGGAGCCAGAUUUCUUGCUUAACUGACUGACACUUGGGGUAAGCUCUGAGGCAGUGUCUCAUGAAUCCCUUAGAACCGCACAAAGAGCGGCUGCAGCGCUGACAGAGCUGAGAAUGACCGUUUGUUUUCUAGCUUUUUGAUGUUGCUCCAUUUUUCAGUGAAAUGUUUGUCAUACGAACAAGUAGGGGCUUACAGUUGUUGUUUACUGAUCACACUUUCAAUAUGUGACAUUGCCAUCUGUUAGGAAUGAAGUCUCUGUUAUCUGAAACACAGAAUUCCACUUCUGCCCUCUUUCCUCCAGGAAAAAAAAGAACCAAUGGGCUAUGAUCUUCCUCUUCUUCUCCCAGAGAGAAUGACAAUUGUUAAAUGUUGUGAACUAUUUAUAAAGAUGACGAUUCCGCUGUAGGUUAGCUCUUGACUUGUGGGUGAACUUGAUGAUUCACGCUCAUGAGAGGCAUGUAGUCUCCCAUGAGCUUUGAAAAUGAGAGGCCAAUACAGAACUAAAAAUUUAUGAAGUGCUUGACAAAAUCAUCCAGGUUCUGUCACGUGGCUGUUACAAUAAUGGCAAUGCCAAUCUAAUUCCAUUCUUGUCUGUCACAAAAUGAACCUAAAUUAGGGAACUUCAGAGGUGUUAAAAAAGGGACUGGUUCCAGAGCCCAGUUGUCUUUAUAGUUUUGUCAAGUGCUUACUAUACUUACUGCUGAUCUCUUGAGCCUCAUAAUUCUUCUUUUGAUUUUCAAUAUUUUAUUUUGCUCCUGGCUGUGUAAGUUAUCUGAGAACACUAGAUGCAAUGAAGCAUAGAAGAAAAAUGAAACUGCUAUGGAAGCUUUAAGGAAAAUUUGUGUAAAAUAAAGUAUUAAUUCUGUUUGCAGGAGCACAUGCAACACAUCACAAGAUGCUCUCACUUAAUUUAACUGGGUUUAUCUUCCAACCGUUAAGAGUAAUAAAGAAGCCUCAAAGGCAGGAUAUCAUAGAUAAGAGCUGCUAGAGUUACUUGGUUUAACAGUUUUGCCUUUUUCUUUAUAUCCAGACUUGCUCAGUGUUCAGUACCUUAGAGAACAAAAAUUUACCCCCCUCUGAAAAUUCAUCUCCCUACUGCGAAAGGAGACAUAAUCAAUCCCUGAUUUUGCUAGCGAUUCACUGCUGUGAUGUCCCGACUCAAAAAUGCCUGACAUUUAUGUUAACCAAUGGGGUGAGUUUGCCUACAUGACAGGAGUUUGAAUGUCACUGAAAUCUGUGUACCCCUUUUAUGCAUUAAAAAAAAACAAAGAACAAAAGCCCCCACAAAAACCCAAAGCCAAAUGAACAGAAACCGGAAAGGAUGGAGCCGUUAUAUUUACCUGUGCUUGCAUCGUGUCUCAUAAAGAACAGUCUCUUGUUUGAGUUCACCAGCAAUAAAAAUCAGCGAGCUGCCACUUCAUCCCACAGGCCAUGGGGGUGAGAGAUCCUGUAUCUGACAC